GCGCUAAAGUCGCUAUAAUUUACCCUGCGCUUUAAACUUUUAACGUCAGCCGCAUCAGUGCGGUGACCAGUUGUUGCUGCAGUACAAGUGCACAAGUGCGCGGCGAGCGAGCGUUUUGUUGUUUGUCGAAGGUGCAAACUCAACACGCGCGCAUCAGUGAACUGUAAGUAGGCCAGCAUGCUUCUGGUGAGCCAAGCUAGCGUGCGAUGCACUCUGCUCCAGCGGCUGCGUCCUGGGAUAGGAUAUGCUCCAGCUACUGUUCCCGCGCCGCCAGCAGACUGUAGAGCGUCGAAUUUUCUCCACGUAGUGUAACUGCGCCGCGCGUGAAUCACAUCCGCGUUACGGCGGAAUAUAUCCCCGCACCUUUAGCUUAGCCACCCCAAUGCGCUUUUCUUCUCCGGACGGAGACAGAACACAUCGAGGCUAUGCUCAUUGAACGUACACAAUGAGAUGCGGAAAACCGGUUUGACUCUGUGAGUACCUCGCAUUAAAAUAACAUCGCGGGCGCGCAACGGCGUUGGCACAGUGCACGAAGCAGCUAGCAGAGUAUACAACUCUGUGGCUAGCGGACGUGCGGAACCUGUUCGCUAAGAAACGGGAACGGCAUACAAGCAAGGGAAGCAGACGACCCUCGCUGGUUCUCUACAGUCAGCAUAGUACGUCACUUCCGCCAUCAGGUACGAGCUGAAUAGGAAGGAUCUAGGAGCUCGGCAUGGACCGGCCUCCUCCAGCUUCUAGCAGCAUGGAGCCCCCAUCCUCCGGGCCGAGCGGGUGGCCGCGGGUGCUCGUGUCGGUCUGUUCACUGCUGUUCGGUGUGAGCGCCUGGGUGAGCGUGAACGGCCUCUGGGUUCAGAUGCCGCUGCUCGUGCCCGUGCUGCCCGAGGGCUGGAAACUUGGCUCCGUGCUCGUCAUCGUCAUCCAGAUUGCCAACGUGGGACCGCUGGCUUACACGCUCGCACGCAACCAUCUCGGGAUCCGUUCCUCGGUGCACGCGACGCUGCUCGUGGGGCUGACGGCGAGCGUGCUGAUGGUGUUCCUGUGGCGGCGCACGGUGGGCGAACACAGCGUGGCCUUCAUCGCUCUCGCCUUCUUCCUGUCCUGCGUUGACUGCACCAGUUCGGUGCUCUACAUGCCCUUCAUGGCCCGCUACCCGCCGCAGUUCCUUUUCUGGUACAUGGUCGGCGAAGGAUUGAGCGGCCUCGUUCCAGCUGCCCUUGCCCUGGCACAGGGAGUGGGCGAUCUGACGGCGGACAAGGUGGACCCUCCACGGGGCCCGCGCUUCAGCGUGGAGGCAUUCCUCUCCGUGCUAUCUGUCAUCGUGGCACUAAGCUGGCUGGCCUUCGCCGCCCUCGGCCACUGGCCUGUAGUGACUGCGCUUCAGGUUCCCGACAAGAAGAAAGGUCUGCGGUACGGCGCUGCCGAGAAUCGUGGCUACGAGCCCGAGAAUGGAGUGGCCACUGCCACCAGCGAAAAUAGCGCAACUGGAGUCCGGCGCUCUUCGGGCGAGAGCUCUUCGCUGAGCAGGAUAGGCCGCCUCAAGCGCUCGCAGUGGUGGCUCGUGCUGGGCUUGCAGGCGGUCAUCGCCUGCCUCGGAAACGGCGUCCUACUCGCCAUACAGACCUAUUCGAGCCUUCCGUACGGCCAGCUCGCGUACCACCUGGCCACCAACCUUGCUGUGAUCGCCAACCCGCUGUCGUGCGCCGUGGCUGCUCUUCUGCCCCUCAAGAGCCUCGGGGGACUCGUGUUCAUAACGGCCGGCGGACUCGGCUGUGCGGCCUACAUCCUGCUGCUCGCCGUGCAGAGCCCAAACCCCGUUCUCGUAGGAACGGUCGCAGGAGCCGCCAUCAUGGUCUCGGCGUGGGUGCUCUUCGUGUCCCUCACGACGUUCGUCAAGUGCCGCCUAGCAGCGGGCACCAUGGCGCACGGCGGCGCCCGCUCACUCCUGUGGUAUGGUGUCGCCACCCAGGGGGGCUCCUUCGUCGGCGCCCUGGUGAUGUUCGUGCUCACCAACUACACGAACAUAUUCAAGUCUUCCUGACCGCCGCAUACUCCAGAUGGGAACAAUGAUGCCUGACGCACAAUUUACGUGACCAUUUUGACUCUACUCGUGCCGCGGGUCAGUCGCGCAACAACGACCUGCCACCAUGUUUCGCGUACUAUUUUCUGUGAACUUGGAAAGCAAGCAAUGUGCUUGGAGGACCUCCCUGAUUAGGAAACCUGUAGUGACUUGAGAGACGACUGGAUGUUCGCUCGCGCGCGUGUGACGGCAAGGAAGUCGCGCCACGACGAUCGGUGCCAGCGUCGACCGUUAAUGUCUGCCCUUAAAUUGGCGCUAUGCAACAUGGAGGCACCACUGCUGCUGACUUGUGGUAGCUGGUACACCACUUCAAGAAAGUUCUGCUUCACGAACGCAGGAGUGCUGACAACGCUGACAAAAGAAUCUAUAAACGGGUGAGUAGGGAGCGCGGAUACUCCCCCUGGAAAGAACUCGCACAGCGCCACCACGAAAUGUGCAUCAAUGAAGCCCAACACUCGUCUCCUGUUUGCUAGGAAGCGACUAUUGCAAGUCACAGCUUAUCACUGUUUCUCAUCUAUGCUGAAGGGUUUUUGGUAUGCAGUGCCGCUUUGCGUUCAUUACCGUCAGUGCUAUACUAUUGGUGAUUUGGAAUACCCUCACCCUUCGACCCCUCGUUCUUAAUUGUCUUACCUACUUUGACGGAUAACGGUGAUUUUUUGUUAAACUAAUAAAUACAUUACAUCGUACGGGUGUCUUG